AUGUCCGACGUAUACGAGAGUCUUCUGCCAAAGCUAGUUGCAAUCCUCGAGGCCACGCAGCAGGCUGCAGUGGGUGCACCUACGCAGCAGGGAAAGCAAGCGUUGGUACAUGCGACAAACGAUUUCAAAGACACUCUCAAACAGGCGAAGGAACUGGCGAGUACACUCCCUGGAGGCGAAUUGUCGGUGGAAGAACAGGACGAAGUGAUUGCGAUGCUUGAGAGGCUGAAAGAAAGGAAACAGCAACAACUGGCGAAGUUCUCCGCAGACGUAGAUGCCAUUUCCACGACCACGACGCAGCUGAGGAUGGAAGUUGAUUCCACUGCAUCUACUCCUGCUAUGUGA